AUGGGACUUCACAGCUACAGUCAGCCUACCUCUUCACCUCCUUCAUCAAUCAAUUCGGAGGACAUGGCAUCAUACUGCAACAAGGGAAUUCCUUUUGGUUGCUGGUGUGGUAUGGAUCUCAUCAUGGAGACAAACGAAAUAGAGCCUAACAUAGGUAGACGUUACUACCUUUGUUCGAAUGCUGAGGGUGGUCGUGGCCACCAUUUGUUCAAGUGGAUGGAUGAGGCUAUUCUUGAAGAGUUAGACUCUAUCAGGUACAAAAGAUGUCAACUUGUAGAUGAUCCCACAUACUACGAGAUUCUUGGCGAGAUUGACGACUUGAAAGAACAUGUGAAAAACAUCAAUGAAACUUCCGACUCCUUCGCUUGCAAAUGCAAUCAUCUUAACCUCCGCCAUGCUUUAAUCGUUGGUGCUACAGCUAUCUCUGCUUCACAUUUCGUCUGUUUGUUUACCAUUUUUAUGUACUUUUGA